AUGACAGUAACAUAUUCAGCUGAUGUUGGUACUGUUCGAUUUACUACUUUUUUCAAAUUAAUCUUCAGAUGGCGAGGUAGCAUUUGGAAAACAAUUUUCAACGAACUUGUUGCAUGGAUGAUUGCAUAUGCAUGUCUUUCUAUCCUAUACAAUUUUAUACUAACAGAAAAUCACAAAAGAAUCUUUGAGGAUAUAUGUCGUUUAUUUACGAAAUAUACCGAUGUAAUACCAAUAACAUUUUUGCUUGGCUUUUUUAUCAAUAUUGUUGUUAACAGGUUUUGGAAUUCAUUACAUAACAUCGGAUGGAUUGAUACACCAGCUUUGUUUAUAUGCGAAUAUAUUUCUGGUAACGAUGAUCAUGCUCGAUUGUUACGAAGAAAUUUAAUCCGUUAUUUACUUUUUUAUCAGGUACUUGUAUAUCGUGAUAUAAGUGAAGUGAUACGUCGAAGAUUUCCCUCGUUGGAAACAUUAGUAACAGCCGGUUACAUAACAGAAAUUGAAUUAAUGCAAUUUAAUGCAAUUGAAUCGAAAAAUCGCAAAUAUUGGGCACCAAUUCAUUGGGCGAUGGGAAUAGCACGUCGUGCACGACGUGAAAAGCGUAUUCAUAGCCCGCAAGCAUUGAAAGAUGUUUUUGAUAAAAUAAAUAUUUUUCGAUUACAAUUAUCGGAAUUAAUUAUCAAUGAUUGGGUACCAAUACCAUUGGUUUAUUCGCAAGUAAUGUGUUUGACUGUUCGAUUGUAUUUCUUUCUUGCAUUAAUGGGACAUCAAAAUAUUGCAUUACCAUCUGAUGCAAAUUAUAUCGAUACAAUUAACACGCAUAUACCAUUCAUGUCAAUGUGUCAGUUUAUAUUUUAUAUGGGUUGGAUGAAAGUUGCCGAAGUUUUGAUGAAUCCAUUUGGUGAUGAUGAUGAUGACUUGGAAAUCAACUGGCUUAUUGAUCGUAAUUUGCAGGUCGGUAUGACAAUAGUGGAUCAAACAUGGGAGCCGCCGCUAAUUAAGGACCAAUUCUGGACGCUAAAAACACCGGAAACGAUGUAUAGUGUCCAUGCAGUCAACGAACGAUACAAUCCGCAAACCGGAUCAGCUUCGAACACUCUGUGUAGACGAAGAAGUACGCAAAUGAUAAUGAAGGACAUGCAUUGUCAAAAUUCGGACAGUGAUUUCGUAAGUAGCGAAUAUGAUGAUGAAAGAAGAAAUUCUGCGUUAAGUACGACAGUAAGUGGUAUUCGUGAUGCAUUUAAAAGGCGACUAUCACGUUUUGCAUCACGUGUAGAAUCUAUAACUGAUGUUGAAUCUCCAGCAUUAGAUAAAACAAAUAUUGGAUCAGAAGAUUAUAAUUCAUCGCUACCAUCGCCACAACCUCAGCAGAAAAAAGUGCAUGAACACCGUGAGUUAAGUGUCCUUCAUGAAGAAGAUGAAAAUCGAAAGCAAAAUUGCGGAUGCGAAAAUAUUUCCAGACAUUCACCAAUACUAAACGAUCAGAGUGAUCAUAAAAAAUUACAAAAUAGGCAUUUGAAAAAGAAAAGACGGAAGAUAAUUAAUAAAGCGGAAAAUGAAAGUAUGCAAAAGGAAGACGAAAAUAAAUGCAUAAAUUUAAAAAAAAUUAAUUACGAUGGUGAUGAUGAGCAAGAAAGCCAAACGGAAGAAAAAUCACGGAUAUUAUCACCUCAAUUAUCAACAAUGGAAGUUAUACAAGCAGGUGAAAAAUUUUCUGAAACUAUUACAAAUAAUUGUACCAAUCAAGCAUCCACCGAUAUAGAUACUGUAACUGAUAUUCCCAUUGUAGAAAGUUUAAAAAUAGUACAUUUCUAA